AUGGCCGAGUACACCAAGAUGAAGAACGCCGACCUCGAAGCGCUGCUUAAGGAGCGCAACCUUCCUCACACUGGCAAGAAGGCCGAACUGGUCAAGCGACUUCAAGACAGCGAUUCGCAAACCACUGACGGCGCUGCGCCUGCUGCAUCUAAGAAUGAAGACGAAAUCGACUGGGACGAUGAGCCUGCCGCCGCAGCUGCCAAAGAAGCAACCACAGAUGCCGCCGCCGUCGCAAUCGCUGCUGGUGGUCAAGGUCAACCUCCAAACCCUCAAGCCGUCCCCAACCAGCAAGUCGACAUCGACCCUUCGCAGACGAACGACCUCACAGUGACCCAACCCGCCGACGACGCGUCAACAGCGCCUGCCGCAACUGCCGAUGCCACUGCACCUUCAGAAGCACAACCAGAGGAGCCGGCUAAGCCUGCUGUCGACUUCACUUCAGGACUCGCCAAGACGACUUUGGACCAAGAGAUUGAGAAGCGCAAGGCGCGCGCAAAGAAGUUUGGCAUGAACGAGGAUGAGGACGAGGCAUUGAAGGCGUUGGAGCGCGCAAAGCGCUUCGGCAACACUGAGAUGCCCGGCAAACUCAACGAAGCUCUCCCUGAACGUCGCGAACGCAGUGAGCGCAAGAGAGGAGCUCCUGCUGAC